AUGACAGCAUUGCCAAGACAAGCAGGCUUUACCUGGAAAUUCUUGUGCGUUAGUGAUGGGGUGUUGAGCUUAUACUUGUGCUCUUUGUAUUUGCAGAUUAGAUCAACCAUUGAACUGAGCAUUUCUGACUAUGACAAGGAGAAAUUGCAGGAAAGACUAGUUAAGAUUUCAGGAGGUGUCGCUGUGUUAAAGAUUGGAGGAGCUAGUGAAGCUGAGGUUGGUGAAAAGAAAGAUAGGGUCACCGAUGCUUUGAAUGCUACAAAGGCUGCUGUGGAGGAAGGAAUUGUUCCAGGUGGUGGCAUUGCUCUUCUUUACGCAGCAAAAGAGUUAGAUAAAUUAACUACAACCAACUUUGACCAAAAGAUUGGUGUACAAAUCAUUCAGAAUGCUCUGAAGGAAAGAUAUCAAGAAAUAUUACGGGAAAAAUCACAAUCUCAGUCUGAUAUUGAUCAAUGUGAAGCAUAUUACGAAGCUGCUGGGGGAACAAGGAAGAGAAGAAUAUAUCGUAGUCCUUCACCCAUGCGUUAUUUUUUUAUGUUAUCUGCGUUUUGCUGGAAAGAACAAAAUUAUGCACUAACAAUAUUUGAUGGAUGUGUGGGUUCUUUUGAUAGUUGAUAGCUUGGUGUUGUCGGUGUUUUGGACUAAACGAUUAGGAUUCCGUUAUCUAUUUUGAAUCUUUUUUAUAAAUAUUAUUUUAUGUGAAUGUCAG